CUUCAGCUCUUUCCUGUUCAAACUUAAGAGAGGUUGUUAGAUGGUAUUUUAACAAAGGCUUUGGUUAAGCUUACAUCUCAGGACUUUGCGGAUCACCAUCCUGCCUCCACAGCGAUGAUCUUCACAGCAGAGCAGGUGGCUUGCGUGUGCGAGGUCCUCCUGCAGAGCGGUUGCAUGGAUCGUCUUGCUGGCUUCCUCCGCACUCUUCCUCCUCCUUCCCUCUCCUCCUCCUCCUCCUCCUCCUCCUCUUCUUCUCCUUGCCCUGGGGAGCUGGAGAGUGUGCUGAAGGCUAAAGCCGCAGUGGCCUUUCACCAGGGUCGCUUCACCGACCUCUACACCCUGCUGGAGGGCUUCCACUUCUCACCACGCAGCCAACCACUCCUGCAGCAGCUCUGGCUCAGAGCCCACUACACAGAGGCCGAGAGGCAGAAGGGCCGACCCCUGGGAGCUGUGGGGAAGUAUCGUGUAAGGAGAAAGUUUCCUCUACCACACACUAUCUGGGACGGAGAGGAGACCAGCUAUUGUUUCAAGGAAAAAUCAAGGAGUAUACUCCGGCAGUGGUACCACCAGAAACCUUAUCCCUGUACCCGGGAGAAGCGGGAGCUCGCUGCAGCCACCGGCCUGACACCGACUCAGGUCAGCAACUGGUUCAAGAACCGCAGGCAGAGGGACCGAACCACGGACGGUACCGGUUUCCAGACACCUCGCUCUGGAGGAACCUCAGGAGAAGUCUACCCUUCCUCCGACAACGACUGUUCACCUCCAGGCAGCCCACAUCUCCUCCACCACCACCACCGCCGCUGCUGCUCACCUCCACCUCUCUCUCACCCUCCUCCACCUCCACCUCCUCCUCUAGGUCACAUCAUUUGAGAGCGUGCCCUUUCAAAAAAAU